UGUAAUGGCAGAUGGGUGGACAGACAUCAAGAACAGAACAUUGGUAAACUUCCUUGUAUAUUGCCCUCUUGGUACUAUGUUCUUAAAAUCUGUUGAUUUGUCUGAUACUCCUAAGACUGCUGAUGUGUUGUUUGGGAUUUUUGAUAAAGUUAUAGAAGAAGUUGGGCCUGAAAAUGUCGUACAAUUUAUUACUGAUAAUGCAGCAAAUUAUAAAGCUGCAGGUGAAAUGUUAGCAGCACGAUAUGGGACAUUUUAUUGGAGUCCAUGUGCUGCUCACUGUAUAAAUCUUAUGCUUCAGGAUCUUGGUGAAAGAGAUGAUAUGAAGUUGACAGUUCAUAGAUGCCAAGAAAUCACGAAGUUUAUUUACAAUCAUGCUUAUGUCUUGAAUUUGAUGAGGAAAUUCACAAAUGGGGCUGAAUUAAUUCGACCUGCACAAACACGGUUUGCUACAAAUGUUUUGACUGUGCAGGGUAUAGUCAAGCAAAGAUCUUCUCUCAGGCAGAUGUUUUCAAGUGAUGAUUGGGCUGCAUAUCUACAUACCUAUAAAAGAAAGGCUACAACAGUUGUGGAUACCAUCUUCGAUGCUGACUUUUGGGAAUCAUGUGUGCACUUAUUGAAGAUUUGUGUACCUCUAGUGAAAGUCCUCAGAUUAGUUGAUAGUGAAGAUAGACCUUCUAUUGGAUAUUUAUACGAGUCUAUGGAUAGAGCCAAGGAGGCCAUUAGAGAUAAUAUGAAGGGAAAAAAGAAGUUGUACAUGCCUAUAUGGAAGAUUAUAGAUGAAAGGUGGUCUGGACAACUUCAUCGCCCACUUCAUGCAGCAGCCUACUACCUAAAUCCUGCUGUUAGAUUUCUUCCCACUUUUAAGAAGGACAGAGAGGUUGAGUAUGGCAUGUUGGAUUGCAUUGAUGUAUUAGUAAGUGAUAGUAAAGAACAAGACGCUAUCCAUAUGUCGAUCAACAAAUAUGAUACGGCUUCUGGUACCAUGGCGAGAGACACAACAGUUCGAUGCAGGACAACUAUGCGUCCAGAUUUGUGGUGGGAAAGGUUUGGGCCUGAUUGCCCAGAACUAAGGAAGCUUGCAAUUAGAAUCCUCAGUCAAACAUGUAGUGCAACUGGAUGUGAAAGAAAUUGGAGUGUAUUUCAGCACAUCCAUAGUAAGAAGAGGAAUAGGCUGGAACAUAAAAGGUUGAAUGACCUUGUUUACGUUCGUUAUAAUAUGAAGUUGAGACAAAGGCAACUAGAAACAACAUCUACGAGGAAGCAUCACAAUCAAUAUGAUCCUAUCUUCAUUGACCAUUUUGAUAUAUUAGAUUCUUGGGUUGAAGAAGAACCAGCUGCAAUACUUGAUGAGGACGAUCUUGAUUUUUUGAAUGUUGAAGGAGCAGCAGAGAUUGUUGAAGAAGGAGAGGCUGGGGAGGAGCAAUGGAAUGUUGGUGACAUUCCAUUUGCAACAGAGGGGAUAGAAGAAGAAGUUAAUGAAGAAAAUGAAGAUGAUGAUGAAGAAUGAAGAUGAUGAUGCAGAUGACGAUAUGUUUUGAGUUUUGACUUCUGAACUUAUGAAUUGACGAUAGGUUGCUUAAUAUGUAAUUUUGAUUUUUGAAUGUUUGAUACUUUGAUUUCUUAUUUUGGAAUGUCUUGUUCAUAUUUAGUAAGUGCAUACUUCAUAGUUCAUACUUCAUAGUUCAUAACUUCACAUACAUGAAUGAUGAAUGUUCCUUUAAAUACAUUUUUAUUGAAUUUUUCUGAUUUUUACUAGUUUUUUUCGGAUUUUUUUAGAUUUUUUCCUGAUUUUUUUAGAUUUUUUAUAAUUUUUUAAUAUUUUUUACAAAUUUAAAAAAAAAAUUACGAUACGUUACGAUACAUUUACGAUACGGCGUAUAGGUCGGCCCGACCGAUACACGAUACGAUACGGCAGUGAUAACAUUGGCAGGAUGUGCUUUCAGCGAUAGUGACAUGGUGCAACAGAUCCUAAGUGGACUUGGGCUGAGUUUACCUCUUUGUUAUGCCUGCCCAUCCUUCCUACUUAUGAAGAGUUGAGAGUCAAGCUACUAUACCAUGAGAUGACACUAAAAGGCUUGUCUGAAAGCUCUCACCCUCAGCAGACUCUCAGGAUGUUCUCAUAACACUGUUGAACACAAGAUUGGUCAAUCAAUCCUACCUUCACGCCUUCCUGGGCUAUCAAAAGGAAAGGAAUAGAUAUUACCGGCUAUAACUUGUCCAUUGCAUACAACUUCAAUUUUAUGCAAGAGAUAAGUGCUAUUUACUUUCCUGCAGAAAGAAGAGGGGUGGAGAACAUUGAAGGUAGGUUUUUUGGUACUUUUUGAGAGAAGAUAUUGUUAGAACUUAAUGUCCACAUUUGUUCUAGGUAAGAGAAAGAGAAGAGAAGACAAAAAGGGAUUUCUGUCUAGGCAUGAGCUAGUCUCAUUAAGAUAUAAACAGAUAUUUAACAGGGCUUAAAACUAGAUAAGUAAUUGCAAGAUAACAAAUUUUUGGGGCUUAUAAGAACAAUAUAAUAAAUGUUUUGGGUCUGACCCACAUCCAAACAAUAUAACUCGCCCCUUCUUCGCCCUACCCUCCCCCCAAAAAUUGUAUAUGGUAUUGAUUCAUGAAGAACUUGCCUUUGAGGCUUGAGCAACUCAUGCUCUAUUCCCAUUUUUUUCAAUUUUUUUGCCUCAAAGAAUAUUGGUCAACCUCAAUGUAUUUGACAUGGCGAUGGUGAAUUCAAUUAAAGGACAUGUUUAUCGCAGUUUGAUUGUCACAUUAGAAUAGAGCAUCAGAAACUCUGUGCUCCCUUUCAGCAUGACAAAUUUGUCCUCCUUUUCGGCCCCUUUUUUUGCUGCUUUCCUUUCCACCUUUUCCUUUUUAAAGGAUCAACCUGCCGGUAGACUCCAUGGAACUUUAAAGGAGGGAAAAAAAAAAAGAGUUGGGAACAAAAGAAGGAUGCUUGGUGUUAUAGAAAAUCAGAUGUGCAUUUGUGAAAAGUUGAUUUCAGAUGCCUGUUCAUGUUGUGUUGAAGGGCUGAUCAAAAUGCAAACAAAGUCAUCCAUUCUGUCCAACCAGAUGCGGAGAGUAAGCUGAACUGAAUGAUGGCCGAUAUUCAAAAGAAGGAAUGGAAACAAGAAAUCAGAAGUCAGAACAAUGAAAAAGGACACACAAGCUGAUCGAAAGAGAAAGCAGAGAUCAGAUGAACUGAUGUAUUUAGAAGGCAACAGCAGAGCAGUAGAGUGCAGAUUAUAGGCAGAUGGUACAGGUCAAGAACAAAUUGGGGACAGAUUGCAGAUUGCAAAGAAAACAGAGGGCUCGGAUAUUAUGUAAGACUUAAAACUGCAUAAGUAAUUACAAAAUAACAAGCGUGCAUUGUGAACACAUUGGGGCUUAUGGGAACAUAACUAUGUGUCUUUGAUCCAACCCAGAUCCAGAACAAUAUAGCCGGCAUUCUUCUUUUCAGGUUAACAGUAGAACAGUGCCUAAAUAUUAGUACAGAAAUGCAAAUCACUAAUUAUUUCAAAAA